AUGGUAGAUUUAAACAAACGAGCUUUUUGGCAUUUUACAUUUAAAGACAUAUUAACUAUUCUAUGCGCAGCUGCUAUACCCAUAGCUCUUGCUAUUUAUGCUGCAAUUGACUCUGAACAAGCAAAAAAAGAAGCUGAAAAAACACGACAGUUUGAUUUGGAACAAUCAAGAGAAUUGAGACAACAAACACUUUAUGAUGAAUUUAUAAAUCAUAUUUAUAAAUUGGAUAAAGAUGGUUAUCUUAAGGAGAGAAAAAAUCCAUGGGCAUUUGCAAAUGCAUAUUAUCGUGCUGCUCAUCUCCAAUGGGAUACAAUACGUAAAGCAUAUGUUAUACAAUUUCUUAAAGAAAAACAAUUGAUUGGUAGAAAUAAUUGUACUAAUGGAUGUAAAAUAACAAAUUUGGAUGAUAUAAUUCGUUUGAAUAAGUUAAACUUUGAUAAUGUACAUCUAGCAAGUCAAACUGGUGCAUUACAUCAACUGGAUUUAGAAUGUGUUUCUUUUGAUGAAGUAUCAAUGUCAAAUGCAGUAUUUUCAUCUGUUAAUUUAAAUGGUGCGUCAUUUGAUGGAGCACAAUUAGAUAAGGUGAAAUUUGAUGGUUCAUCUUUCCGUUGUACUAGUUUUAAUGGUACAAAUCUGGAGGGUGCACACUUUUCAAACAGUGAUUUAUCAGGAGCUAAACUAACGGAAGAUCAAAUAAAACAGGCAUCUUAUGAUAAUGUAACUCUGCCAAAUGGAGAGAAGAGUGAAACUACAUCAUCAACGACAACAAAAAAACCUAGAACACAAACAAUAACUAUAAUAAAAACAGAAAUGUCGACAACAACAACAUUAUCAUCAUCAUCAGCACCAUCAUCAAUAAUAUCAUUAUCAACAUCAGAAGCAACAACAACAACAACAUCCUCAGCAACUUCACCAACAAUGUCGUCAUCAUCAACAACAUCAUCAACAUCGUCAACAACAACAUUAGUCGCAGUUUCUAAUGGUACAUUUCUUAAUGAAACUAUCUACUCAGUUGGUGCUAAUCCUUCGUCAGUGGUCAGGUUCAAACAGCAGCAGUGUUUUUCUCCUCCAACUAAUUACACAGUUGGCGCAUUUCCACAAUCAAUAGCAGUAGCCGAUAUGAACAACGACAAUAAACCCGACAUUGUCACUGCAAACACAGGGAAAAACACCAUCAGUAUUCUUCUCAAUGUAGGCAACGGCACUUUUUCUCCUCAAGUUACUUACUUAGUUAAUGAAUUUCCAGUGUCAUUAGCAGUAGCUGAUGUGAAUAACGAUAAUAAAUCCGAUAUUGUCACUGCAAGCAAAAGUAAAACCUGCAUUAGUGUUCUUCUGAACGUGGGUGACGGCACCUUUCCUCGUCAAGUUACUCACCAAGAUCUUAGAGGUUCAUUGUCAGUAGCAGUAGCCGAUGUGAACAGCGACAAUAAACUCGAUAUUGUCUAUGUAACCGCGACUUUUAACAACAUCAUUGUUCUUUUCAACACAGGCGACGGCACUUUUUCUCGUCAAACUUCUUACAUAGUUGGUUUAAAUCCAAAUUCAGUAGUAGUAGCCGAUGUAAACAGCGACGAUCAACCGGAUAUUAUUAUCGCACAUCACGGUAUAAACAGCAUCGGCAUUCAUCUUAACAAAGACAAGGGCACUUUUCCUACUUCAAGCACUCACUUAGUUAGUGGAGAUCCAGAAUCAAUAACAGUAGCCGAUGUGAACAACGACAAUAAAUCCGAUAUUGUCUCUGCAAACGCGAAUUCAAACAGAAUCAGUGUUAUUCUCAACAAAGGCAACGGCAAUUUUUUUCCUGAAACUACUUACGCAGUUGGUGGAGCUCCAGUGUCAGUAGUAGUAGCUGAUGUGAACAACGACAAUAAACCCGAUAUUGUCGUCGCAAACCGAAAUGGAGGAACUGUCAGUGUUCUCGAACAGUGUUAA